UCACAAGGAACGUUACACGCAUUGUUUUAAUAAGCAGGCUACCAAUGUGGUUGUGUGAUGUCAGAAUAUGCUGAAUAAUGAAAAAAAUUGCUUUGGGGACGUCUAUGAUGACGAUCUGUUUAAGUGGAAUGACUGAUGUCACUACAUUCUCGCGAUGGUUGAGAGGAUGCUUCGCAAGCGCGUGUCCUCCCAUUUUGUCGGACGAAAGCUGAGUCUGCGCGCAACGACCUCUGCAUCCCAGCGCCCCAUCACCUGCUCUUUGCCGGCUUUACUUUCAGAACUAUAUUCUCAAGGCUUGCCGCAUCCUAAACUACUUUGGCAACAUGGCUGAGGCAGCAAAGUCUUUCGCAAAGGACUUUUUAGCCGGCGGAAUUGCCGCUGCCAUCUCAAAAACGGCAGUUGCUCCCAUUGAGAGGGUGAAAUUGCUACUGCAGGUCCAACAUGCCAGCAAGCAGAUCAGCGCCGACAUGCAGUACAAAGGUAUCGUGGACUGUAUCACGCGUAUCCCCAAAGAGCAAGGCUUCAUGUCGUUCUGGCGCGGUAACCUGGCCAAUGUCAUCCGCUACUUCCCCACCCAGGCCCUCAAUUUCGCCUUCAAGGACAAGUAUAAGAAGAUUUUUCUCGGCGGCGUAGACAAGCACACACAGUUCUGGCGCUAUUUCGCCGGUAACUUGGCGUCCGGAGGAGCUGCUGGGGCCACCUCGCUCUGCUUCGUGUACCCGCUGGACUUUGCCCGUACCCGCUUGGCUGCCGACGUGGGCAAGGCCGGAGCCACCAGGGAGUUCAACGGCCUGGGUGACUGUUUGGUUAAGAUCUCCAAGUCUGACGGCAUCAAGGGCCUGUACCAGGGAUUCAGCGUGUCCGUGCAGGGCAUCAUCAUCUACAGGGCAGCCUACUUCGGAGUCUAUGACACAGCAAAAGGUAUGCUUCCAGACCCUAAGAACACCCACAUUAUGGUGAGCUGGGCGAUUGCCCAGUCUGUGACCGCGGUGGCUGGUCUCGUCUCCUACCCCUUUGACACGGUGCGCCGUCGCAUGAUGAUGCAGUCCGGACGCAAAGGAGCUGACAUCAUGUACACCGGCACCCUGGACUGCUGGAAGAAGAUCGCCCGUGAUGAGGGGGGCAAUGCCUUCUUCAAGGGGGCGCUGUCAAACGUAUUGAGGGGCAUGGGUGGGGCAUUUGUGCUGGUCCUCUACGACGAGAUCAAGAAGGUUGUGUAAAAAUGCUUCAUCUGUAUACCUGUAUACACCAACGACCCACCGCCCCUUCCCUCCCUACCUCCAACCACACCACUCCCCCCUUCCCUGCACACACACGCCAACCAUAGCCUGCCCAGACCACUCGGCCUGAAUGGGGAAGGGGAGGAGGAGGGAGGGAGGGGAUAUUAAAGUAUAAUCACUAUGACCAAGUGCGGUAUGUUAGAGUUUUAGCUGUAACCACCAAGUUUAAAAACAAAGAAAAGAAAACGAAGCUUUGACCAACCCCCCCUCUCCGUCGUCGUCUCUUGACGCAGAAUGUUCCGGGGAUGUUCCGGGGUAAUCUAUCUCUAGUGCUAGACGACAGGUUGUCGGACUUUGACUGAGCGUCCCAGUUAUUUACCUGUGUACUCGACAUUAAAAAAAAAAACACAGCGGUCAUUUUAUUGUAAUAUCUCUGUUUUGUUUGUCUGUUCGUUUGUCUGAUUGCACUGAUAAUGGAAAAGCGUUGCAUUUAUUUUUGCUUCUCAACAUGAUCCGCCAAAAUAAUAAUAAAAGAAAAUAUGUU